AUGGUGGGCUCAGCAAGCGUGGCACAGCCGUCAGAGCUGGACAGUGGCAGGAUGAGGUGGCAUCAAAAGAAUUUAAAUGAAGAGAGGCAGCAGCAGGAAGCAGAAGUUACUGAAGCUAAUCCAGCGUAUCACUGUCACGGCUACUCACAGGCCUAUGAGAACAGAAAAAGGGAACAGCACCAAGCCAGGAGGAAGCUCUGUGUAGCAUCAGUAAUUUGCAUCUUCUUCAUGAUUGCUGAGAUUACAGGGGAGUAUAUUGCCGGGAGCCUGGCGGUGAUCACCGAUGCGGCACACAUCCUGGUGGACCUGACAAGCUUCCUGAUCAGCCUCUUCUCACUGUGGCUUGCCUCCAAACCUCCCACCAAACAGUUAACUUUCGGGUGGCACCGAGCAGAAAUUCUGGGAGCUUUGAUGUCUAUGGUAAUCGUUUGGAUGGUGACUGGUGUGUUGACAUAUUUGGCUAGCAUGAGGCUACUACACCCUGAUUAUGAUAUUGAUGCUACAGUGAUGCUCAUUACCUCUGCUUGUGCCGUGCUCGCCAACAUCCUAUUAAGCCUGAUCCUGCACCAGACUGGCCAUGGGCACAGCCAUGAGGCACAAGCCAGGGAACACGUGUCGGCCCCUCCAGAAAAGGUAGCUCUGAGCAAUGCCAGUCUGCGGGCAGCCUUUGUGCACGCCAUCGGAGAUCUGUUCCAGAGUAUUAGUGUGCUAAUUAGCGCACUUAUCAUCUUCUUUAAGCCAGAAUACAAAAUAGCUGACCCAAUCUGCACAUUUGUGUUUUCCAUCUUUGUUUUGGCAACCACCAUCACCAUUUUAAGGGAUAUUUUGAUUGUGUUAAUGGAAGGAAUAUCAAAAGGAUUUGCUUAUGAUGCAGUGAAAGCGAGAAUUUUAGCAGUUGAGAAAGUGGAGUCUGUUCACAGCCUUCAUCUUUGGUCUCUGACAAUGAAUCAAACUAUUCUAUCUGCUCAUGUUGCCACAGCAGAUGCAGUGGACAGCCAGAAGAUUUUGAGAGAUAUUACCCAAGCCCUGUUUGAGCACUACAGCUUCCACUCCAUCACCAUUCAGAUUGAAUCAGGAGAGGAUCAGAAACGAGACUGCUUCUUCUGUCAAGAGCCCAGGGAUUAAAGGGAACAGUUUGCUAUGCAAAAUAACGAUCACCCCUCUUACAGGUCAAUGGAGGCUGUAUGUGCUGGUUGUAUGUGACUGAUUAACAACAAAUGGUAAUUAGCUGAACUAAAAAGCCCUGCCACUGCAAGCAGUGCAGGGACCUUUAUUUGUUGGUAACAUCUACCAGGAGAGAACAUGUAUUAGGCCCAUCUAUCAGCUAGAUUACCUGUCCAUCAGCGGCUACUUUCAAUUACAAGAGAAAGUAUCUAAAUUAUUCUUGACUAGAGCAACAGAUUGGCACUAAAGCAACAUUUAAGAAUGCCUGUUUGUAAUCACAGGUAACAAAAAACUAAUCAACCUUCAAAUUACCAGCAGACCAAUUAUCACAAAAUGUGAUGAAAUGUAAGUUUCGUGUUAGCAAAGCUCAACACUUACUGAGGAUAAAAGAGAAAAUUUAAAUUAGCACAUGGGAUGAAGAGAUCUGGGAAAGAAAGAGAUGGUGGCAUGUGCUUUCCCUGCCUUUUGGCAGACACUCCUCCUCCUGCAUAUUAAGGGAAGUAUUAGAUGUGCACCAUAUUCUGCAGUGUGGAUCACAAGAGGAUUCACUCCAUUCACAUUUGGCAAAUAGCUUUUUG